AUGAGGAGAUCAAAAAAAUUUAAGUCUGAUAAAAGAUGGCUAGACAACGAGGAGCUAAGGCAGGUCAUCCUGGAGGGAUGGAGAUCUCCUGAUUUACCCCCAGAAGCGACUAUUAUGGAAUAUAUCUCUAGCUGUCGAAAAGCUUUGGGGGAAUGGAGGAGGCAGCAUAAUGUCAACUCUGCGAGACUGGUGGAGGAAUUGAAAGAGAAGGUGGAGGGCAUGUAUGCGGAUGACAAUGCUACCACUGAAGAAAUUGCCUCAGCAUUGAAGGACCUCUCUAAUGCUCUUAAAGCAGAAGAAAUGUUCUGGAAACAGAAGAGUCGAGUGUUCUGGCUAAGAGAGGGGGAUAGAAAUACAAAGUUUUUUCAUGCACUAACAAAACAGAGAAGAUCCAGGAAUAAAAUUACGCAGCUCCAAGAUGUGAAUGGAAAUAUAGUUGAGGAUGAAGAGGGUUUAGUAGCCAUUGCUACUAGUUAUUUUAGACAGAUCUUUGAAUCGUCUAACCCUGAGGACAUUGAAGAGGCGUUAGCUCAAGUUCCUACGACAAUCACUGGGGCAAUGAAUGAGAACCUUACAGCUCCGGUAACGGAAUGGGAGGUCAAAUUGGCUCUUUUUGCUAUGCAUCCAGAGAAGGCUCCAGGACCAGAUGAGAUGACUGCGCUAUUCUAUCAUAAAUUAUGGGAUAUUGUAAAGGAUGAUUUAACUCUUAUGGUUAAUAACUUCCUUAUCGAGGGAACGGUGGUGAAUGGAUUAAAUGAUACAAAUAUAUGUCUUAUCCCGAAGACGGCCAAGCCUAAUGAUAUGGCUCAAUUUCGACCAAUAAGCUUGUGUAAUGUAAGCUAUAAAAUAAUUUCGAAGGUCUUAUGCCAGAGAUUAAAGAAAGUGCUACCAGGCUUGAUUUCAGAGACCCAGUCAGCCUUUGUUGCUGGAAGACAGAUUUCAGACAAUAUUAUGAUUGCCCAAGAAAUGUUUCACGCGCUGCGGACUAAACCAAGUGGUCGCAGUAAAAGGAUGGCUAUUAAGACGGACAUGAGCAAAGCAUAUGACAGAAUGGAGUGGUCAUUCAUUGAAGCCGUCAUGCGCAAAAUGGGAUUCUCAGAGACGUGGAUAACCUGGAUAAUGCGAUGCAUUACGUCGCGGAUUAAUGCAAAUACCAGGCAAGAGAUCAAAGAUAAAAUGGGUAUACAAAACGAAGGAGGGAUGGGAACCUACUUAGGUAUCCCGGAAGAUAUAAGCGGAUCCAAGUGCAAAUUGUUUGCAUUCCUCAAGGACAAGUUAAUGCACAGGUGGAGUUCAAACCCACCAAAGAGAGGAAUUCACUGGGCGAAAUGGGAAAAAGUUUGUCUACCAAGGGAGGAAGGAGGGAUUGGGUUUCGUAUGAUCCAUGAAUUCAAUCUGGCAUUGUUGGCAAAACAACUAUGGAGGCUGGUUCAAUUCCCAGACUCAUUGGUCGUUCGGGUCUUGAAGGGGAGAUACUACAAAUUAACCUCGCCUCUGAGAGUAAACUCGGCUAGCUGCCCAUCUUAUGUGUGGACUAGCAUUUCUGCUGCAAGGAAGUUGUUAUUGCUGGGAAUCAGACAGAAGAUACACUCAGGUUAUGAAGUGAAGGUGUGGGAGGAUCCGUGGAUCCCAACGAUCCCAGCGAGGCCGGCUGUCCCUGUGGCACCAGUAAUGCAUCCUAACAUGAGAGUAAGCGAUCUCAUUGAUCAGAUAGGGAAGGAUUGGGAUGUUGGAUUAUUGGAGAAUUAUGUAAAUCCCGAGGACAUACCGCUUAUAAGGAGUUUGGCCAUAAGUUCAUCUCACCGGCGCGAUACUUUUUGCUGGAGCUACACAAGGAAUGGCCAAUACUCGGUUAAAUCUGGAUAUUGGGUGGCCCAGAAUCUAUUGAAGACGGCGGAAGCACAGGAGAUAUUGGAACCGAGUAUUACCAAGCCUCAAGCUUUUGCUUGGAAGUUAAAAGCGCCUACGAAAAUAUGUCAUCUUAUUUGGCAGUUAUUGACUGGGCAUGUUGCAGUAACAAGGAAUUUAGCAAGACGUAAUAUGCGAUGUGAUAACUAUUGCCCAAGAUGCGGAGAUUUGGAUGAAUCAGUCACACAUGCUAUCUUUGAAUGCCCGCCAGCGCUACAAGCUUGGACCUUAUCGACAACCCCAACAAGCCCUGAGGUAUUUCCACUACCAAGUGUCUACGCCAAUAUGGACUACCUAUUCUGGAGAAAAAACUCUAUUAUUGAGCCGAAACAAGACAGAGAUCCUUUUCCCUAG